GUUUUCAAGAUGGCGGACGCAAAGUAACAAAGAACUGUCUUUUUUAGGACAUCAUCAUGUCUCAGUCGAGAGAUCGGCUGAAGCGUUUAGAAGAAAUUGAACAUGAAAUUAUGAAAGUGUUACAAACUGCUGGUCAAACUUUAUUAGAAUUGUCCAAAGAUUCCCCAUCAGAUGAGGUGGUGAAUACGAAGGCUACACAGUUCGUCAAAUCACUAGAGGGAGUUGAGAAAGGAUUAUCAGAACAGAUCAGUUAUCUAACACAAGUCGCUACAGGACAACCUCAUGAAGGUUCCACUUAUGGAGUGGAAAAGGACUUUCAACUUUCAUGUGUCAGAACUGCAGUUGUACAAGAAAGACUGAAAGAACUGAGGAGUAUAAUUCAAAAUCACGAAGCAUCCAACAGUGGAUAAAAUAAUAGUAUGGGAAUGAUAGUGGUACUCUUUAUAUAUAGGCAGCCUUGUUGURCAUUGUCAUGGAUCUGAUGCAAGACUUUUUCUUACUAGGUAGCAAUCAUUAAGGAUCGAGUUUAAAUGGUGGUUGGUCUGUACAAUAUGUAAAAAGAUGAGACAGGCUAAAAUUGAUGUGCGGAGGUUUUAAAAUUCUUUACAGGGUUUGGUAGGAUUUGUGACAAAAUACACUCUCCAGUUGUGAUUGGUUUACCAUUUAUGGAUAUAUUAUUUCAGCUGGUGUCCAUUGCAACCACAUCUGAUUUAUCAGAUUUUUUUUUAGUUUUUUUUUUGUUACACUGACAACAUGACAGAUAUUUUGUUCCUUGGGAAGAUUUAAACAGUAUACACGAUCAAGCCAAUAGAAUUAAAUAAUGUUCAUUAUAACCGCUAGUGUAAAUUUUCAAAAUAAAAUUGCAUUUUUCCUCUAUGUAA